AUGAAUUUAUCACAACCAUUUUUAGAACAGUUAUUUUAUAAAGACUGGACAACGAUACCGGAAAACAUUGCUGUUGAUAUCAUACAAUAUGAUGAAUGUCCAACGUACGAACAGUUUGUUGAAGAAUGCUUGAUAGGAAACCGACCAGCUCUAUUUAAGAAAACAUGCCAUUUAAUGGACAAAUGGUCCUGUAUGACAGAAUGGUUAAAUGAAUCGAAAACUGAACCAAAUUUUGAUAAACUAGUUGAAAACUAUGGCCAAUUGGAUGUUCCAGUAACGCAUUGUUCCAGUGAUGCUGAAUACGGUGAAGAAAGAAAAUCGACAAUGGUGUUUAGUGACUACGUUGAGUAUUGGAGGAAAAAUAAUCAAAAUACUGUACUCUAUUGUAAGGAUUGGCAUCUAAUAAAUGAAAUAGAAAAAAUGAAUAAACCGUUAUUUUAUGAAUGGCCAGUAUAUUUUCGAUCAGAUUGGUUAAAUGAAACAUGUUUAGUGGAUAGCAAAGAUGAUUUUCGUUUUGUUUAUAUGGGUCCUAAUACAACAUCAACAAAGUUACACAUGGAUGUUCUUGGGUCAUAUUCUUGGUCAGCAAAUAUAUGUGGUAAAAAACGCUGGCGAUUUCUCCGACCUGGUAAUGAAAUGUGUCUUGUUGAUCGUCGAAAAAUCAUGACCAAUUCGAUUGAUGAAGCAAAAGCUCGUGGUAUAGAUAUUUAUCCUGAAUUAGACCGAUUAAAUGUGAUCGAAAUUUAUCAAGAAGCAGGUGAAAUCAUUUUUGUACCCUCUGAAUGGUAUCAUGAAGUGGAUAAUAUUGGCAAUACAAUUUCAAUUAAUCACAACUGGUACAAUGGAUUUAAUAUUUUAAGAAUAUGGACCCAUUUAUCACGAAUAGUGGAUCAAAUUGAGAUAAAAAUAGCUGACUGUCGUUCAACGUUAGACAACUGGUAUGAACAUUGCCAGUUAAUACUCCUAAGUAAUGAAGGGAUGAAUUUUGGAACGUUUUAUGAAUUAUUGUACAAAAUUGGAAAAAGACGAAUAGAAACAUUAAGUACUCAAAAGCGAGAGGAACUCAUCGGAAACAGGGAACAUUGUUUAUUUGAUAUAUGGAUAAUUGAAAAGGUUGUUCAAUUAAUGUUGAAAAAUAGUGCAUUUUUACAUGCAUUUGACUUUGAUACGUUCAAAUGUCGGCCGAAACGAUUUUUAAAUGAAAUACGAACGUAUCUCCAGCAGGAGACAUAA